GGGGCAACAAGGGUGAAACUCUGUCUCCAAAAAAAAAAAAACAAGAUCACUCCAGCAUCUGGAAUCCAGAAUAAAGAGCAAGACCACAGCCUGGAACCUGAAGGUCAGCACCCUUGGGAGGUUCAGGCCUAGUUCUCCAUCACUGAAGACAUCUCAGGGAUAAAGAGUUGAGUGCUCGGCCGCACACGGUGGCUCACGCCUGUAAUCCCAGCAAUUUGGGAGGCCGAUCACUAGGUCCGAUCAAGACCAUCCUGGCUAACGCAGUGAAAUCCUGCCUCUACUAAAAAUACAAAAAAUUAGCCGGGCGUGGUGGCACGCGCCUGUAGUCCCAGCUACUCAGGAGGCUGAGGCAGAAGAAUCGCUUGAAUCCUGGAGGCAGAGAUUGCAGUGAGCCGAGAUCUCGCCAUUGCAUUCCAGCCUGGGCGACAAAAGCAAAACUUUGUCUCAAAAAAAUGAAAAAGAAAAAGAAAACAGGCUAGAAUGCACUUCAACUUAAGUCCUCGGAGCCAGGCUAAUUCAUGGGGAACCACAGAGGUGUAAUAGGCAUUUCUACACCUGGAUCAGCCCCAAGGACUGUAUUACCCUGUACUGCCCUUCCUAUUACUAUUUUCAGUCAUUUACGAAUAUUAGGCUGUAGUACUUUCACGCUGAAGCUUUGGCUAUUCAGAGCUCACUGUGUUUAAUCUUCAGUUACCUGAAUGGUGUUCACCUUCUGGUGUGGGUCAUCCUGGCUUGUGUUAGUUCUCUCUCUUGGGAAGGAGCCAGGACUUCAGAUCGAGUUAGCCUAGAUCUGGCCCAGCAGGGUACAGAAGGAGAAAAGCUGAAGAAAACAGGCGUAUAUUCGUGCCAAAAGGUUUUUGGCGCCAUUUAUUUAUGGCUUUCACCAUCGUAUGAGAGGACUAUUAAUGAUAGGUUGUAUUUGCUGACCGCCUACUUUGGGCUCCCCCAUGCAUUGUGCCGAAACCACCUCUCUCCUUCCUGACUUCCUCCGCCUGGGCUGGGGAGCCCUGAGCUGCGGUUCGCAGGCCGGCUUGCCUGCCGACGGCCGGAAGUCUCUAUCCAGCAGAAGCACAGCCAUUCACGGCCUAACGCUAUGCGACACUUCCGCCUGCACGAGCUCUUCCGGGGUGGAGGUCACCAUGGCAGCUGCCUUGGCUCGGCUUGGUCUGUGGCCUGUAAAGCAGGUUCGGGUUCAAUUCUGCCCCUUCGAGAAAAACGUGGAAUCGACGAGGACCUUCCUCCAGGCGGUGAGCAGCGAGAAGGUCCGCUCCACUAAUCUCAACUGCUCAGUGAUUGCGGACGUGAGGCACGACGGCUCCGAGCCCUGCGUGGACGUGCUGUUCGGAGACGGGCAUCGCCUGAUUAUGCGCGGCGCUCAUCUCACCGCUGUGGAAAUGCUCACUGCCUUCGCUUCCCACAUCCGGGCCAGGGACGCGGCGGGCAGCCGGGACAAGCCGGGCGCUGGUACUGGUUGCUGACAGCGUCAGAGAGACCAACAAGAUGAUUUUAGCGUGGACUAGGACACUUAACCUAAGAAGAGUUUCACUUAAUCAUUCAAAUCACUAUCUGGAGGGCCACGGAGCGCAAAAUAAAAUGUAAAACCCUGCUACCACAA